UUCGUCGUCACCGACCUCCGGCGCCUCUUCUAAUUGCUGAUCUCUGUCUCUUUAUGCUUCUGUCGCUUGCUUCUGACACUUUGGUAUGAGUUUGCCGUUGGUAUUUUGUUCUGUUCUUAUUUGUGGGCUUAUUUGGCUGCCCUACUUUAUGUCUGGCUAUUUUGGACUUCUCGUUUCUUCUUGGUCUUGUUAUUUUACUGCUCUUGUUUGCUGGUGAUCGCGGUUUGUUGAUGAUUGUGGCUGCCUCUGUGUUAUUGGCAUAGUUUCUGGUUGGUAUAUUUGCAAUGAGCUCUGGCACUGCCUCUGUUUCUAGUUCUAGUACUGUGACUUCCGCUGUUAGUCGUUCUUCCCGGUCUCGUGACAGGUUGUCCAUUACCUCUACCUUAUUGAAUGGUCGAAAUUAUGCUGUUUGGGCUAAGGCUGUUGAAGUCUAUUAUGUCGGGGAGUCCGACUAUCAUUAUCUUACUGAUGAUCCUCCCGCGGCGACUGCCGCAUCAUAUGGUGCUUGGGUUCCUGCAGAUGCUAAGAUUCGUGUUGAGCUUUAGAAUAGUAUGAAGGAAAAUAUUAAGAAUACUCUGGUUUUCUUAUCUACUGCGAAAAAAGUAUGGAUGAAGGUUAAGGAGAUGUUUUCUGGGGCUGAUAAUCUCCGCCAGACUUAUGCUCUUCAUCAACAGUUCUUUUCUCUUGACCUUGGCAACUUAUCCUUGGAAGAGUAUUAUGCCAAGUUCUGUGGUGUGUGUGAGGAGCUCAACACUUGUGAGCCUAUUUCUUCAGACAUUCAAGUUAUAGAGCAUCAGCGUGAGCGCUUGCAGGUAGCUCGUUUUCUGUUUGGUUUACCUUCGCCAGCGUAUGAUUCUAUCCGGUCCAAUCUUUUGGGUGGUAGAGAUUUACCUUCUCUCAGUGAGGUGUUCAGUCGUGUCCGUCAGGCCUCUGUUCCUGACUCCAGUGUUGAUUUGACCCCUGCUGCCCACUCAGCUUUGGUUACCACGAUUCCUCGUGGUGGUACUUCUUCUCGUGGUUUUGACCGUGGGGGAGGCAGUCGUGGUCCUACUGGCUGUGGAUAUGGUCGUGAUUCUGGUAGCAGUGGUCCGAUGCAGUCUGUUGGUGGUCGUGAUUCUGGUAGUGGUGGUCGUGGUCGUGAUUUUAGUCGUGCUCGUGCUCGUGGGUCUCGUUCCUGCACCUAUUGCCAUGGUACUAAUCAUACAGUUGAUUUUUGUUGGAUUCUUCAUGGCCGCCCAUCUGCUCAUCAGGUUACUGUUUCUGAGGAUGAUGGCUCUGUUUCUGUGCCCAGCUCCAUUCCACGAGUUGUUACUAUUCCAGAGGAUGAGUAUCAUCGCCUGAUUUCCCAACCGUCCCCUUAUGUGCCCUCCUCUUCCACUGCUACGUUCGCUCAGAAAGGCUCCACCUUUGCUGGCCUGGCCUCUAAUACUCCGUGGGUUAUUGAUUCUGGAGCUACCGAUCAUAUGACAGGUCACUCCAUCCACCUCUCUGGUUCUCGUCCUCUUGUGAAGUCUUCUAGUGUUGCCUUGGCUGACGGUUCCUCUUCUGACAUUGCUGGAUCUCCAGACGGGGAAGAAGAUUGGUGGCGGUGUUGAGUGUGGUGGUCUAUACUAUUUUGACACUGGCGAACGCGCACCUCCUGCCUCUGUUGCUUUUCAGGCUUCCGUAUCUCCUUAUGAACAUCAUUGCCGUCUUGGUCAUCCCUCCCUUCAGACUCUCCAGCAGUUAGUUCCGUCGUGUCGUGGUCUUCAGUCUUUGCCAUGUGAAGUCUGUGAGUUCAGUAAACACCGUCGUGUUUCUUUUCCACCUAGAGUAGA